AUGGACGAAAACAUCUACCAGGAGGCCUGCACGGUCUCUCCAUCGAGGAUCCCGGCCGAUAAGAGUGCCCCUGGCCAGAACAACGUUGAAGAACCCUCUACCGAUGAUGCCGCCACAGGCUACAUCCCAGGGGUCGGCAUGAGAAACCCCGGUCAGUCCCGAGUCUGGACCAGCGCCGUGAAGAAGACCAUCUCCGUGCUGUCCCUGGUGCUGAACUGCUGUCUGCUCGGGGCUGUUAUCUUUCUGGCGAUGACAGUGUCAGACCUACAACUGUCGGUCAAACAGCAAGAACAAAAGACGGGGAUGACCACUGACAAGUUGCAUAUGGACAUGUCAGAUCUGAACCUGUCAAUCAGCCAGCUACAGGCGAUGACUCAAAUGACCAAUGCUAAAAUGACAAGUGAGCUGCAACAGGCAAUGAAAGACAUAAAGGGCCUGUCAGGCAGAGUCAAGGAACACGAAGAAGCCGUAAUGACUGAAUCCAAACCUACUGGGCUGCAGGAGAACUACCGCAAGAUGCAUGAUGUGCUUGCUCAGCGCCUGGGGAAGAUAGAGACGAGUGUCAAGGAUCUGCGUGCAGCUGUUCCACCACCGACCUGCCCCCACGGUUAUCAGAAAUAUCGCCAACUCUGCUACAAAGUGUUCUUUUCACGCAAGACCUUCCACGACUCGGCUGCCGCCUGCCGUGCUGACGGAGGCGACCUCGCCAUGCCCCGUGUCUCCGGCAUCGACGCUUUCCUCGUCUCCCUCGUGAAGGCAUCAAGCGGGAAUCUCCGCUCGUCGAUCGGCGAUCAGCAACCAGAAAGACCCAGCCGGUUCUGGUUCGGCCUAAGUCAGCGACAUCAUGAGGGCCAGUGGGAAUGGAUGGACGGCACCGCACUGGGGACCGGCUACAACGGGUGGGGAGAGGGCGAGCCCAAUGACGGAUAUUUCCCGGGCAGUGUGCGUGAUCAGGAAGACUGCGCCGAAUACCAUGCUGCAGGCGAGUGA